AUGGUGUCCGAAUUCAGAAAGAAGAAACUGUUGUACGUUUUCAAGAUCUUCUUCGACGCUGACGGCAGCGGUACCGUAACGAAGAAGGACUUUGAGCUGAGCAUUCAGAGAAUCGGCAAAGCGAAGGGAUGGGCUCCUGGUGAUGAUAUGUACAAACUGGCCGAGAAGACCAUGCUUGAAAUUUGGAAUGGUAUGCAACUGAAGGCUGACUUGAACAAAGAUGGCGAAAUCAGCCCAGAUGAGUGGAUCAAGCUGUGGGAAGACUAUGGCAAAGAGUCCUCGCCUGUGGACUGGCAGGCGUACUACUGCAAGGCUAUCUUCACCAUCCAGGACGCCAGCAAUGAUGGUGCCAUUGACCGCGAUGAAUUCGUCUCAGUACAUUCAUCUUUUGGAUUAUCAAAGGAUGACGCGAAUGUAGCUUUCGACAAGGCUUCCAAUGGUAAGGAUAGUAUAUCGUGGGAAGAUUUCGAACAGCGCUGGAAGGAGUUCUUCACGUCUGAAGACCCCGAAGCUCCUGGAAACUUCAUCUUCGGUAACCUAAGCUUCUAAUUUUGAAUUUUGUUGUGCAUGUGAAAUUAUGAUGCGUUUAUUUAUUGUAUGAUAUAUUUUUUAAUAAACAUUUUUUAAGUAUC